AUGAUGAUGAUGAUGAUGAUGAUGAACGCACGAAUGCAGCAGGACGACCUCGAGCAGGGUCAAAUAGCGGGACAGCGUGAAGCGUAUUCCGGUCGCCUUCUCCACAAUCACGAUCACAACCACCCUGUCAAGAGUAAACCAAUUAAGAAGAAGAAUAUUAUGGGACAUUUACUUUCCCCAAGAAAUCAGAAGGUUCACCUCGCUCAGUGCGCCAGAUCAAACUGCACACACCGUGAGCAGCAUAUGCAGCCGCAGUAUAGCGUGCAGUCUCCGACUGCCGUGAAUUGCAUGGAUGCAUGGAUACAUGGAUGCAUGGGUGCAGACGUUGGACGCAUGGAUGUGUUGUCACAUGGAUGCAUGAACGCAUUGAUGCAUGGUGCAUCAAAUACAGUCUGCAAAUGUAUUCUGCGGACGAGCUGCGUCACCAGCGCGCUGGAGACAUGCGGAGGUCUGGUUAAACAGCGCCAGCCCUUUGACACCAGCGCACUGAACCUUCAACCUCCUCAGAAAUGUAGCAACAUUCUCAUCUAG